GUGGCUCUUCUUUUCUCCUUUCAUAUUCACAAGCCCAUGGUGAAGUAUGGCGGUGCUCUCCGGCCAUACCUAGAACCAAGCGAGUCGCUCUGCAUUGACGUUAGUGUGGUGGUUUUGGCACGAGGUGACACGUGUCGCGAGUGGGUACUGCGUUCUCAGGCAGGUCUGUUGUCAAAGCAGCAGUGUGGCGCGAAUCGGCGCCGGUCUGCAAAGCACAUCGCUCCGGUUGCGACCAUUCAUCAACUGCUAGCCCUCGUGAACCCUCGAUCAGACCAUGAACGAGGGGAGACAGCGCCACCCACCUUCAAACGACCACCACGGCCGCCGCCGCCGCCGCCACGUCGAAUCGCCGUGGAAAUGUCGCACGUCUUCAACAAAACGACCAUUGUCAGAGUGUGCGAUUCGUCGUCGCCGUCGUCGUCGUCGUCAAAGAUGGCCGCCAUUUAUGAGACGUUUGGGGGCGGUGACGCCGUUAACCGCAUCGAUGGUGGCCACCGACUGAUUGUCCUCGGAGUUCUCGCCACGAAGCCAAUGUUCCACCAUCCUCGCCGUGAACGCCUCCACCAUGUCCGUGUGCUUGGCCAUAUCCGUGCCCAAAGUGCACCUGACGAUGCAGAAGGGGCCAAUCAGGUUACGUGCUUGUCGGUUAGUGCGUGUGACUCACUCUCAGCUCUCAUUGGUUCGCUGUUUCGGUGGGGGGAUCCCACAUCUCUCGCCUUCCCUCCUCCCGUUUCCACACUAAUGAAACUACUCGUCUCCACAUUCCACAAUAACCACCUCCAUCCAUCCACCUCCAUUCAUCGGCUCUGA